CAAUAAUUCAAACAGAAGUCUAUAUUCGAGACGUUAUUAUUGUUUGAAUUGAAAACUCAAUCAAAAAGUGAUUGACUUUUGUAUCAGAUUUUUAAAUCCAAAUUUUGAAUCAAACGUUUCGUUUAAUCACUUCAUUUGAUCCCAAGAUAUGGAGCGAGAGUUGACACAAAUGAUGGCAUCACUCGAGACCACAGAUGGCUGUGAAGACAGACAACAGCCGAAGAUUUACGCGAAGAACUCAAUGGACAGAUUCGGUGAUGAUUUGUGUCAACUUUUGUUGUCUUACCUGUCAUUCGAAGAUCGGUUUCGAUGCGAAUGUGUGUCCAAACAGUUCCGGAGGACAGUCUUCGGGAGUGUUGUCUGCAUUGAAAUCAACGAUCGAUUUAUGCAACAAAUGCUCAAAACAACACUCAUUGAAACGUUGGCCACAAUUGCUAUAAAGUGUCCGAACAUUGAAACCAUUGACUGUCGAGGAAUAGAGACUGAGAAGAUUAGAGAACACAUUCCCGAAGUGUUGGCCAUAUUUCGAGACAAUUGUCUUAAUUUGCGUGAAAUUUACUGCCAUUUAUGGCAAAAUAGGGGACAAACAAUGCCUACAAUCGGACCACUGGUCACACGAAUCGAAGUUAUGGACCAUAAUAUCGAUACUCAAUCACUCACUCAUUGCCACCGAUUGUCUCAUUUAAGUGUCCGUCAUUUGAGUCAAGUCUUUUACACUUCCGGACAACUAAUGGCAAAGAAUUUGAAUACAUUUGAGUUAUUUAACUAUUCAUAUGAGGAUUACCACCGAUUGUCUGCAUUUGUGUCACGCAAUCAGUCCCUCAAAUGUGUUGGCUUUUAUGAGAACAGGCGUCCAUCUGAAGAGACACUGACCGGACUGUCAGCACAGUUGUCACGAUUACCACAAUUACGGCGAUUGACACUCAGUAUUGAGAUACCGGUCGCUCACGACUUAUUGGCCGACUCUUUGCGCACAAUUGGCAUGAAUUGCAAACAAUUAGAGCGAUUGAAACUCCAUUUGUCGCACACCGAUAGCCAUGUAUUCAAUCGCAAGACAUUGGAUUCGUUGCGAUUUUGUCACCGAUUAAAACGACUUGAGUUACGCAUAGAUGCGACCGACGAUGAGAUAGUGUUGGAUCCGUUGCGACACUGCAAGCGAUUAACGCAUUUAGAGUUGGAUUUCUUUAAUAUGACAGCAAAUGUGUUGAAGGAUUUGCACAUCAAUUGUCCGCGACUUCAAUACCUAUUCAUUCAUGACUUCCAUAGCAUUAUAGACGCCGAGUGUUUGUCUCACAUCUCAAGACUACCGGCGCUGCAAACGCUUGUCAUAGACUUCUACAACAACUUUAAUGGUCUCCGGAAUAUGGCCCAACAGUUGACACAAAUGAUGGCAUCACUCGAGACCACAGAUGGCUGUGAAGACAGACAACAGGCGAAGAUUUACGCGAAGAACUCAAUGGACAGAUUCGGUGAUGAUUUGUGUGCACUUCUAUUGUCUUACCUGUCAUUCGAAGAUCGGGUUCGAUGUGAAUGUGUGUCCAAACAGUUCCGGAGGACAGUCUUCGGGAGUGUUGUCCGCAUUGAUAUCAACGACAGAUUGAUUGAACAAAUGCUCAAAACAACACUCAUUGAAACGUUGGCCACAAUUGCUAUAAAGUGUCCGAACAUUGAAACCAUUGACUGCCGAGGAAUGUGGAGUAAGAAGAUUAGAGAACACAUUCCCGAAGUGUUGGCCAUAUUUCGAGACAAUUGUCACCAUUUGCGACACAUUUACACCAAUUUAUGGCAAAAUAGCGGACAAACAAUGCCUACAAUCGGACCACUGGUCACACGAAUCGAUGUCACCAACGAUUAUAUCGACACUCAAUCGCUUACUCAUUGCCACCGAUUAUCUCAUUUAAGAGUCAAUACUAUAGACCAAGUCUUCGACACUUCCGGACAACUAUUGGCACAAAAUUUGCAUAAAUUUGAGUUAAAUUGCUGUUCAGACAAUUAUUACCACCGAUUGUCUGCAUUCGUGGCACACAAUCUGUCCCUCAAAUGUCUUGACAUCAGUUACCAUAAGUCCGAGACUCGCGACUCACUGAUGGAAAUAUGCGGACAAUUGUCACAAUUAACACAAUUACGCGAAUUGAAUCUCGUUUUGGAGAUAAUCGGCGGACAGAACUUAUUGACCGACUCUUUGCGCACAAUUGGCGUGAAUUGCAAACAAUUGAAACGAUUGUCGCUUCACUUCUACGCCGAUAGCACUCAAUGCAAACGCCAGAUAUUGGAUUCGUUGCGAUAUUACCGGCGAUUAAAACGCUUGCGUUUAACAAAAUUUCAUAUGCUUUUAGCACACAUUCAUCUCUCGUUGGAUUCGUUGAGUGAUUGCAAGAGAUUAACGCAUUUAGAGAUGAAUUUGAUGGGAAUGGACGCCAAAGUACUGAUCGAUUGCCAUAAACACUGCCCACGUCUUCAGUAUCUAUGGAUUGAUGGCAACCAAAACAUAGACACCGAGUGUUUGUCUCACAUCUCAAGACUACCAGCGCUGCAAACACUUGUGUUUCACUUCAUUGGAUUCAAUGGUCUCUCGGAUAUUGAUUUCAAUGAUCUGUUGUCGCGAAGCCCUAAACUAAAGACCAUUGAAAUCAAUGGAAACAAUAUCUGCAAGUUUUAUGUAAAUUCAAAAUAA